AUGGACCGGAGGCCGGCGAGGAGAGGCGAUCCUCACCCUCACCACCGGGGCGGCGCAAUGCACGGUGCCGUCGACCAACAAAAGCAGCAGCACCGCGGCCGGCCGCAGCAGGGAACGGGGGCACCGGUGCCGGUGCCGCCCACGCCGCCGGGCUACUUCACCGCGGAGCUGGUGCUGGCGUUCCUGUUCGUGGCCGUGUCGCUGGCGUUCCUCCCGCUCGUGCUGCCACCGCUGUCGCCGCCGCCGUUCCUGCUGCUGCUGGUGCCCGUGGGCCUGCUGGCCGUGCUCCUCGCGCUCGCGUUCGUGCCGCUCGACGCGCACAGCCACCUCGCCGUCGGCUCCUCGUCCCGCUGA